AAGAAAUAGAGUGAAUAAUGUGAAUUUAGUGUUACACUAUGUGCUGGUAGCUCUGCUUUACCGCUGUGCUUUUGUGAAGAAAAUGUUAAUCAAAUGGUCCCUGAGGUUCUUAAGUGGAUGUGAGGAGGUAGCUUUGGUUUGAAGUGACAAAGGCAGGGAAAAUAAUUAGCUUAAGGAAAUUAUCUCCUUUUCCAUUAAAGGAGAAUUAAGGUGGAAUAUCCAGUAAUGCACUUACACAAUAGUAACUUUGAGCAGGUGCCUUUGAAAGGACAGGUGUGCCACAUCAUAGGAGCUUCCUAGUUUAUUGAGACUUCUUUUAUUUGGCAUUAUGUUAAGUGAAUAUUCUUGUUUCUGUACCCAUGGACAGAUUUGAAUGAAGCAUUGAUGGAUUUGGCUGGAUGGCUCUGUGUUGCCCUAGUGUUUACAACAUCAGAACCUGUUUUCCUCAUUUGCAAUAGAUCUUAAAGCCUUUUGUAUUGUAUUUAUCUCAUUAAAAUACUGUACUGAUAACUGUAUCAAUAGAGUCUUACAUGGGUUGUGUCUCACUGAAAGGAACUGGGGUUGAUGACACAGAUCAUUCCCAUCUUGUUCUUUCUUUAGGUACAUCUCUAAGCUUCUUACAACUGUAAUGACAGGCAGAAAACAGCAUGGAAGAAAAGGUGACAAAUCAGAAAAGGAAAAUAAACCUUUCCAGGAGGAAUGGGUGGUCAGCAAAACCAUAUAUGAAUGGCACAGGAAAGACAGUAAGGUUGUAGCAAACAAAAAAAAAUUAGUCAAGGAUCAUUAAUUUCAACCUCAUUUUAUUUUUAGCUUGUUCUCAUUUCUGAUAAAAUCAACAUUACAACUAGUCAAAUUUGUGCUCUUUUUUAUUUAUUUAACAGUAUUUUACUGAUCAAAAUACAAAUACUUAUUUUAGGAGGAGAUAGCAACCUAACGUACUAAUUUUUAGAUCUAGAAGCCAUAAUUCUACUUUCUAUAUUUAAAAUAAGAAUGCCUUCAUUCCUUGCAGUCUCUAAGGCUUUCUCACAGUUUCAAGAUGGAACAGAAGGCAUCUGGUGCUUGAGUGAGGCUGUUGUGCCUUGAGGGACUAAAUGAGGUGCAGUGCUGGCGUACAGCUUAAUCUUGAGUUUGUAUGAUGGUACAGGGAGCUGUUAAGGGUGAAUGCACAUCUUGUAUGUGGGAAAGUUUAAUAUGUCAAUACCUGACUUGCUUUCACUUCAGAAGAAUAAGCUGGUGGUUAUUUUGUUGUCCUUUACUUCAGUUCAGUGUUAGAUGUGUGACUGCUGGGCAUAAAUACUGUCAAUUAGAUUUGCCUUUAAAUGUUUAGGAAUAUCUGAUAGUGAUGUAACUUUGUAUGUUGAAAGUUGAAGCUAUGAUGCUCCAUAAAAAGUGCAUCAACGUGAUUUUCAUGUGUGCUGAUUGUUGGCUCCACUGCAGCCAUCCCAAACUACACACUUCUAGGUACCCACAGGUCUGGAGUGGAAACUGCAAGCAUCAACUUAAGUCCUUCUGGUUUCCAAAUAUGACAUGAGUUCUACUUCUCAGCAGGGUGGGCAUCACUCAGUAGAAUUUCCAGGGAGUUGGUGCCAUGUUUUUAGGGUGUUUUUUCUUCAACACAAAAUCCUCUAAUACAAGCUGAAGUUACUUGAUUUCUGGAUCAGCUGGUUAGGCUGUAUGCAGCAAUUACAGAUGUGCAAUCAAUACAACCUUUUCACUUGUAAAGAACUAGAUUUAAGUUGUCUGGGAGGUGAGUGUGGGGUUGGUUUGGGUUUUUUUUAAUCUAUUGUACUUGGGUGUCUUUUUUAAUUUGCAAUGUGUUUUCCCAGAGGAGUGACCACACAGGGUAAACUCCUCCAGACUGAGGUAUGUACUGCAAGUAUCAGUGGAGUGCUCAUGAUGGUGACUAACACCAGAUUGUAGAUCUUUUUGGAGCAGUUGAAACUGUAGUGGUGUGGCAACAAGGUUUUGAAUUUUUAUGUUAGUCUGCAGGUUUGGUGAGUUUGAUGUUGACUAUACUGCCUAGGUAUCUGAUUGUGAAAUAAGGAUGUUUAAAGCUGUGAUAGCAGUUGUUCUUGAUAGUUGAAUUUACUACCCUGAAAACACAGAUGUGAUCUGCUGUUAGGUCACUGAUCCGAUAAGAGAGAUUUGCUCUUCUGUAAGUCUGGACAAAUUUCUAUGACCUUAAAACUUCCAACCUAGAGUCUAAACCCAUUUCUGUUCCCAUUUGUAUGAGCAAAGCUCAGAUAGCCAAAGGCCUAAAAUAUGAAGAGUUUUCUUGCCCAACAGUGCACAGAAAGCUGGGCCUGGGAGUACCCUUUGUGGAGACCUUGGGAAUGCGUGUUUUGCUUUUAUUAUGAAUUUGUCAAAUCUUAUAUGGGUGUGUGAGUAAUUGACUGGUAAAGGAAUGCAAAAUUACUAUUACAUCCUGUGUCCUAAAACAGAAUUUCCUACUCUUCCAGGCUUGCAGUGCAAUUUAAACCUGUAACUUCAAGGUUCCUGGACAGGGAUUGCAAAAAGAGACUAGUGGCUGACAGAUCUAGAUGUUAAGCAAGUAUAAUUUGCUUGAAGUGAACUCAGGUCUUAAAAUAUAGCAUAGUGGGUUUGAGUGCAACAUUUUUGUUUUGAAUUUUAGCACAAUUCUUCAGACUUUCAGAGAGAGAUCAGGAUAAAUAAAAAUUAAUUUGCUUUCUUGAAAAAUGUAAUGUUGUGAUAAAGCCAUCAGCUUGGGCCUAUUAAGACUGAUGUGCAUGCUCUAUGCUUAAUCCCUCUGGAAUAGAAGGACUUGUCUUCAGAAGUGUGGGAUACCUUCAGCACCUUCACUAGGAACUGCAGAUUCUCACCACUGUGAAAAAUCAUGUCACUGGCUCUGGUUGAGGAUUCAGAAUGGGAGACAAGCCUAUCUGGGAGCAGAUUGGAUCCAGCUUUGUACAACAUUACUACCAACUUUUUGAUGCAGACAGGACUCAGUUAGGAGCAAUAUAUAUUGAUGCAUCAUGCCUUACGUGGGAAGGACAGCAGUUCCAGGGCAAAGCAGCCAUUGUUGAAAAACUCACUAGCCUCCCUUUCCAAAAAAUACAACACAGCAUCACAGCACAAGACCACCAACCUACACCUGAUAGCUGUAUACUCAGUAUGGUAGUGGGACAGCUUAAGGCUGAUGAAGAUCCUAUCAUGGGAUUCCACCAGAUAUUUCUAUUAAAGAACAUCAACGAUGCCUGGGUUUGCACCAAUGACAUGUUCAGGCUAGCACUGCACAACUUUGGCUGAGCUGCCCAUUCCGAGGCACCCAGGCUUUUAUUUUUAUUUUUAUUUUCUUUUUUUUCCCCUCCUUUAUUUUUUUCCUUUUUUUUUUUUUUUAUUUUCUUUUUUUUUGUUUUCGUCCUCUCCUCUUAACUGGUAUUACUCACACUCACGGAACAUUCCAAAUAUCAUACACAAACCUGCAGCACUGCAGAGCGUGAGCAAGCAAGACUUGUGACCUGCCCUUCUGCUGAGUUUACAUUGUCACUAGAUGAGUUUCUUGUGCAUGAUGUUUGGAAGUUAGACUUAGCUGCAUUUGAUAAGAGAAAUUUGUGUUGUACCAGCAUGCCUCGGAAAGAAUUUAUAAUGCAAAAGGUUGUUGUUUAUGUACUGACAAGAUGCUCUAUAACCCAAAGAAAUGAAAGAACAGCAGCCUGUACAGCCCAGUUAUUGAUUUGUUCAGAUGUUUCAAUGCUACAUUACACAAUAAAACAGAGAUUUUCUUAAAAGUUUAAAUUA